AGACCCUAUAAACGAACACGUAGCUGUCAACAUUACGUAAAGUUUAUAUUAUAUUGACUUUAUUUCUAUUUCUAGGCAAAAGUGGAAAUUUUAACAACAUUGGUGCAUGAAAUAAAUCUGCAAAAUGCAGGCUAUUAAAACUUUAUCAGUCAAAAGUCCUUCGAUAGUUCUAUCGUUAGUAAAGAAAGGAGCGUUUGCACCUAUAGUAGAUCAAGUACGUCAGACUCACUUGCCUGCACCUAAUCCGCAAGAACGUCGUCCUUAUUCGCCUUUCCAAGAUACGACUAAUGCGGCGGAGUACGCUGUGGCCAGACUAGAUGACUUGCUGAAUUGGGGAAGGAAGGGUUCACUCUGGCCCAUGACUUUUGGAUUGGCAUGCUGUGCCGUCGAAAUGAUGCACAUCGCUGCUCCUCGUUACGACAUGGACAGGUAUGGUGUUGUCUUUCGUGCCUCACCUCGUCAAUCUGAUGUGAUGAUAGUAGCUGGAACUUUGACCAAUAAGAUGGCCCCUGCUUUAAGGAAAGUAUAUGAUCAGAUGCCUGAUCCUCGAUGGGUAAUCUCUAUGGGAAGCUGCGCUAAUGGUGGUGGAUAUUACCAUUACUCUUAUUCUGUUGUGAGAGGCUGUGAUAGAAUCGUACCUGUAGACAUCUAUGUUCCUGGAUGUCCACCAUCCGCUGAAGCUCUGCUUUAUGGUGUACUUCAGUUACAAAAGAAAGUUAAAAGAAUGAAGACAGUUCAGCUAUGGUACAGGAAGUAAAUUCAUCAAUAUGUGAAAAAUAGAUGAUUUUGUAAUUAUUAUUUAUGUUGUAUGUAAUCAUAAUCGACAAACCUAAUGCAGUAAAUACAUCUUAGUGCAAGCAAUUCUUAUUAUUCUGC